UACCCGAGCCAUGCGCGGUCAGCGAUUCUAAAUGAAAAGUAAUCACGACUGAAGAUUGAAGUCCUCACAAUUUCUACACAGAAGCAUUUUUCAUAGAGCAGUUCUAGAUUGUAUACUACAACUCAGCUUUCAAAUGUUAAAUUCAAACACAAGGUGUUAGUUUUCUAUGUCAGAUUUAGUGCAGAUUGGACUAAAUAUGUUAGCCAUGCAAACUGUGAUGCAGUCGGACAUUUCCAAAAUACACGCAAAUGUGCCAGUUUCUUUGGCUUUGGGACACAUCAACACUUUUUGUAAUCCACAAACUGUAGACAAACAAGCUUUGGCUACCAGGACAACGGAACCGGAAAUAAACAAUAACAAACCCGACGAGCCUCCGAAAAAGGACUCACUUCCGUACCCUGGACAUUGUUUUCCACACAUAGGUUUAUAUAGUGCUCAAAACUCUAACAACAGUAUACCAUUAGACAAUGAUGCACAAACCUCAAAUACAGGAAUGGAACAGAAAAACUCCGCACAGACAGUAUCUAAGGACUCAUUCGAGCACGUGCUAAACGUUUUGGCGAGCACGUUCACUGGAUAUAGCGGGACAAAUUCUUCCUCUCGUCACAAGACAACGACGGAGGAAGUAAGUGUGAAUUCUAAUACAUUACAACCACCAAGUCACCUACCUGAUGUGGCACAGCCAUGCAAGAAGAGGCGUCUCUCCGAAACUCAGAAUCAAAGGACUGAUAUAACCCAAAAUCAGAUGGUCCCUGUGAUGAAAAGUGAACAAGCUGGCAAGACCAACUCUUCUCUGAGUAAGACAUCUAGGCCAGAAACACAACAUAAAGCACCUGAAACACCACCCAACCCUGGACAGUUUUACUAUACCUCUCCACAAUACUUACCUUUUUACCCCCAACCAAUGUGUGGAAUAUUUGUUCCCGAUUCUCAGCAGGUGCCACAAGCAAACAGCACAACCCAACAUACUCCUGUUUGCCAGAGUCCAAUCAUGUCAACGUAUCAAACUCCAAAGAGUAGGCCAAAGAAAGUCUGUCAGAGACGAUUAACUUCACCAGCAGAAUCUGACAAAUCAUCUGAUAUAUCACGUGACGAAGAUUCUGAGGCCGACGUUUCAGUGGUAGACGUCGGUGGCAAUACUAAAGACACAAGUGAUGCAGGUGAUACAUCAAAAGACAGUGACAUUUCUAUGGUGUCUUUGAAGUCUACCAAAUCGACCUCUCCUUCUGGCAGUAGCACGGAGUCACCUUCAACAGUUAGUCCAGAUGAGAUUUGCCGCAAAAAGGCAAGGACCAACUACACACCUCAACAAGUCCAUACCCUGGAAAAGGUUUUUCACGAAAAUCCAUAUCCGGAUGCUGAAAAAAUGGAGGAACUGUCCAAAGAACUUGAAAUUUCGGAAAGCAAAUUAAAAGUUUGGUUUCAAAACAAACGAGCACGUUGGCGCCGGAGAAUGAAUGACAAUACCCAUCAGGUCCCCCGCUUUAUGGGACCAUCCACAUUGAUGCCGCCCAUGUCGCCCUAUGGGUAUAUAGGUCACGUGAUGCCUCCUCCAAUGUCCCCGGCACAGGUCGUCCCAGGUCACUUUGUUCGCCCCGGUCCAUCUUCAUCACCACCUUCCACGUCACCGGGCAAUAAGCAGACGUCACACAUGACUUCACCCUACCAGUCACGUGGUCACUUCCCGUCAUACAUGCCAAUGUAUCCGUAUGGAAUGUUCUCGCCAUACUACUACAGCUGAUGAUUCCGUAUUUUUAGUGACAAACAUGAAACAAGGUGCUUUUACGUCAUAAAUAUGUUAAUUUGAAUCUGUGAAUAAAAUUGAUGCAAACUUUCAUAUAUCUUCCAUUUAUUGUUUGUAAAUAUGUAGAUAUGU